UAACAGUUCCAUACUUCCAGUCCAUUCUAAUAUCUGACCCAAAAUACUGCCUCGUUCCUCUCACACAUGGCACUUGUUGUUGUACAACCAAUCCUAUUCUGCGCCACAAGUCUUGCUUAAAAUGCGCACCCUACUCACCCUGAGGCCGCCACCGUCGCCAUGCCUCUCCUCCCUCACUCCUCCUUCUGCUUUUCUCUACAGCUUUAGGCCCAAUAAGCGCUUCUACUUCCUUACUCCAUGUUCUUCUCUUAAACAAACCAAGAAGCAGACUCUUCAGAAGAACACUGGCACUCCCAACAGCCCUCCCCAGAGCCAAAAAUGGCUCUUCAAUAACCCCAAGUCUGACGACGACGACAAAAAAGCCGGAGACGGGGUCGAUGGGGGCGAUGGCUCGGAGGGGGACACUGCGCUUAAAGGGACCAUUUUGGCUGGGUUGUUGCUGGUGGGUGUGGUGGGUGGGUUUGGUACUGUGGGUUACAUCUACAAGGACCAAGUCAACUCAUUUUUGAGUCAAUUUUCGACUUUUAUUGAAGGUUAUGGUCCAGCUGGAUAUGCCUUAUUUGUAGCAGUAUAUGCCGGACUUGAAGUUCUUGCAAUUCCAGCUAUUCCAUUGACAAUGUCAGCUGGUCUUCUUUUUGGAUCUUUUAUUGGCACAAUUAUAGUCUCUAUCAGCGGAACAUUAGCUGCAAGUGUUGCCUUUCUCAUUGCUAGAUAUUUCGCUCGCGAGAGAAUUCUUAAACUAGUUGAAGGGAACAAAAAGUUCCUUGCAAUUGACAAGGCUAUUGGAGAAGAUGGCUUCAGAGUUGUUACCCUUCUCCGUUUAAGCCCUUUGCUUCCUUUUUCUUUGGGCAAUUAUCUUUAUGGAUUGACAUCAGUGAAGUUCGUGCCUUAUGUUUUGGGAAGUUGGUUGGGGAUGCUUCCAGGAACAUGGGCUUAUGUGAGUGCUGGUGCAUUUGGGCGAGCAAUAAUACAAGAGGAGUCAGAGGUUGGUUUGGUUGGUGGGAACGGUCAAUUAUUGACAUUAGGCCUUGGAUUGUUAGCCACUGCUUUGGCUGCAGCUUAUGUGACACGACUUGCAAAGGAUGCUGUAAAGGAUAUUGAGUAGGCACCGGGGACUUUUGCUUCCCUGAUAAAGUGUACAACAAUAUAAUUAAACUUAGAAAUUGCAAAAUGAAUCACUGCCAUGUAAAUCGAAACAUUUUAUUCUAACCAAAUGCAAUAAGAGCUUUCUCUCUUAUUCUUCUAGCGUACUACUAUUUAGGGAAGUGGGAACAUUUAUAGUUUAUUGGAUAUUUUAUGUCAUGAUUCUCAUCCCA